CCCGGUCCCGGGAAGAAAAGCCCUUUACCUUUCCUACACCCUAAAUUUGACCACACUUCUCUCUCUCUCUCUCUCUCUCUCUCUCUGUACUUUUCACUCUCCCCUCUCCAUUGCACCCCAAUCAAUCCCAAAAUGUCCUCUCCUCGCCCCCAUCACCAUCCCCACCACCACCACCACUGCAACUCCCACCACUACUAUUCUCCUUCUUGCUGCUGCUGCUCCUCCUCCUCCUACUACUCUUCUGCUGCUUCGUGCUGCUGCGGCUGCUGCAACUCCUCUUCUCCUCCACCAUCACUACCGCCUCCUCCCUCCAACGCCACCGCCGCCGCAGAUCCCCUUCUCCAUGCCCUAGCCGACCACCUCCUCCUAAUCCUCCAAUCCCCCAAACCCUCUUCCCCUCCUCCCCCUCCUCUCUACUCCUAUCCCCAUCUCAAACCCUACCCAUCUCCCCAAACCCAUCAACCCCCACCUCACGAUCACCACCAUCAGCAGCAGCUCCUCCACUCCCUCCACCGCCGCAUCUCCGCCCUCGAAUCCUCUCUCCCCAGCCUCUCCCCUCCUCCCCAUCCCCCUCCCCUUCACGCCCAUUCCAAGCGAUCGCCGUCGCCAAAGAAGCACCUUUUCUCUCCUCCGCCGCCGCCUCCGCCGCAAACGCUCCAGGAUUUGGCGGCGCGGACCAUCCAAACCCACUUCCGCCUCUUCCUCGUGCGGCGAUCCCAAACCCUCCGCCACCUCAAACGCCUCGCCUCCAUCAAAUCCCAUGUCGCCGCCCUCAGAUCCUCCCUCUCCGACAAGACCCACCUCCACCCGGGAGCCCUCUCCGAAUCCGCCAUGGCUCUCCUCCUCGAGCUCGACGCCAUACAGGGCGGAGAUCCGAUGCUUCGUGAAGGGAAGAGAUCGAUAAGCCGGGAACUUACCCGCAUGUUGGACUUCGUCGACAAGGUGUUGGUGAAGGAGAAGGAGCUCAUGGAGAUCCCAGAGAACGCCUACAGAGUGAUCCCACCCACAAGGACGGGGAAAAAGGUGAGCUUUCUCGAGAACGAGAAGGGGAAGAGAUCUCCGGUUUCUAGUGCUUCCCAUGAACCAUUUUCGGAAAAAAGAGAUCUUUUACAGAGAUUGAGGAGAGAUCCUGGAGAGAAUGGGAUUCAUGGAUCUCAUCAUCAGCUCAAUGGUGAAGAAGAAGAAGAAGAAGAAGAGGAAGAAGAAGAAGAAGAAGAAGAAGAGAAGAGCUCAGAGAGCAAUUCAGAGAGCCCGAAAGCGAAGUUGGGGCUCUCCGCGCCAUUGCCGGUGCAAAUGGAGCCCAGGAGAUUGACUGCUUCGAGGUGACGGUGCUGAUUUUAGUGCCCAAAUUUGAUCUAUAUCGAGCAAUGAGCAAAGAAUUUUAAUUUUUCCUACGAAUCUUGUUUAGCGGUGAACUGUAUUUUUAAGUAGAAAAUCCUUUUGCUGCUGCUGCUGCUGCUGCUGCUUCUGCUGCUGCUGCUUCUGCUAUCAUUUUUUGUGCUUGCCUGUGUUUGCUAAGUAAGUGCUUUUGAGUGCGCAAGACUGCUGUUCCAUUAUUUAUGAAAGAUCUGCUGUCUUUGUUUUUUGAUCGA